AUGGAAUCUUUUGAUCAACACGGCACACCAGCAAGUCAAGGUACAACUGCACGUGCCGGAACUUCAACAACAAUUAGGAGUGGUGAUGAGGAAAAUUAUUCUUAUGGUGAAAUAGAUGAAGGAGGAGAAGAUGCUAAUCUUAAUUCUCCUGAAGGAGAAAUAGAGCAACAGCAACAACAAUCCCCUCAACAAAACCCUUCUCAUAGCCAACCAACUUCAGCACGUCCAACUCUCUACCAAAAACGUUCAACUCCUUCAGCAGGCGUUGUUGGUGCUGUAGUCCAACCAUUAUAUAGUGGACCUACACCUGCACGUUUAUUUAAGAGAACAUUAUCUGAACAACAAUUUGGGAAUCGCCCAAUCUCGGAAGUUCCUCCAACAAUUUCAUCUACCGCACAACAAAGCAAAAGUUUACCAUUAACAUCACAACGAAGUAUCCCAGAAAGUAUUCAUUCAAUUCAACAAAAACGUAGAAGUCCCUCAAUUAUUGACUUAAGCGUUAAAGUAAAAGAAGUUAGUCAAUCAGUAAAGAAUGCAGCAGAAGAUGAAUUACGUUAUGAAUUAAUUCGUUUUGCAGCUAGAACAACUGCUCACGGAAUUCCUAUGGCAGCUCAAGCAACUAAGUGGUAUGCCAAAUGGAUGUGGAUAAUUAUAUCUUUGUUGUCUGUUGGUAUUUUUAUUUAUAGCGUUCUUGGUGUUUUAGAGAAAUAUCAAAGAAGAGAAAAAAUUGUUUCUGUUCAACUUCGUUUUGAUAAUGUCCCAUUCCCCGCUAUUACUAUUUGCAAUUUAAAUCCUUUCAAAAGAGAAGAAGCAAGACAUGUACCCGAAAUUAGUGAAACAUUAGAAGCAUAUCAUCAAGCAGUAACUUAUUCAAAACAUGCAGACCUUUAUUUAGAUGAAACCCCGGCAGUUCGUGAACGUAGAAAUAUAAGGGGCGGCCAUCGUCAUGUACAAAUUGAACCAGUAAUGUCAGACUGUGAAUGUUUAGAGGGAUUUAAUUCUGCUGGAAAACACGAUUGUGCGCAAUUAGAUUCUAUACCUAAAGAUAAUGUUUCUUUAUGUAUUUGUAAUUAUGACAGACAAGAUUCUAGUAUAUGGCCUUGUUAUAGUAAAACAAGUUGGAUUGAAGAAUGGUGUCCAAUAUGCAACGAUAUUGGAUAUUGUACUUUGCCAAAUACAAAUACUUCAAAUACAGUACCUUGUAUAUGCCAAAAGAGUGUUAAUUAUUGUUUGAUUCGACCAGAAAGAUUAAAAAGAAUGUGGGAAGUCCGUGGAGAUAAAAUACCCACAGAAGAUUCUCCUUUUCGGACAGAUUUUCUUAAUCAAUUAAAAGAAUUGGGUUAUGAAAAUAUGACGGAUGAAGUUGCUAUUACAACAAAAACUAGAGAAAAACUUGUAUUGGCAAUGGCAAGUCUUCAUAAAGAACAAAGAAAAUCGCUUUCAUAUGGAAGAAGUGAAUUUAUUAAAAUGUGUUCAUUUAAUGGACAACAAUGUAAUAUAAAUCACGAUUUUAAAUUACAUGCUGAUCCAGCAUUUGGAAAUUGUUAUAUGUUUAAUGCUAAUAAAUCAAAUCCUUUGGUUAGUAGUCGAGCUGGACCUUCAUAUGGACUUAGAUUACUUGUACACAUUAACACCUCUGAUUAUUUACCUACAACACAAGCUUCUGGUGUUCACAUAGUCAUUCACAGUCAAGAUGAGCAUCCCUUUCCAGAUGCUUUUGGAUACUCUGCCCCAACAAAUCAACUUUCUUCUUUUGGCAUAUCUUUAAGAAAAGUAAAUCGACUGCCCAUUCCUCGUGGUAUUUGUUUAAUGCCUGGGGAGCCUAAACCCGAAGGUUAUAUCUACUCAGAUCAUAAAUAUGAACCUGAGGGUUGUUAUAAAAGUUGUUAUCAACAUCAAAUAAUUAGAAGGUGUGGAUGUUCUGAUCCAAGAUAUCCCCAACCAGAUGAUAAUACUAAAGUUUGUAAUAGUUCUAAUGCUCUUGACAGUAAUUGCCUUUUGGUGGAAAGUAUAAGAUUUACCCGUGCUCAACAAUGUCAUUGCAAACAUCCUUGUGUUCAUGGUAGGAAUAUAUUUUAA